AUGGGCAAAAGGGAGAAGAAGACGACAACACACACUGCGAGGCGAGAAGUUGCAGCGUGGGAAGCAGACGGAGUUCCGUCUGCUCUCUGCUUCAAGACACCGCGUCACGCCCUGCGCGUCAAGAACUUGUACGGCGACCUCAUCUUUGCCGUGCCUUCGUUUUUAUCGCACGACGAGUGCCAGCGUGUUCGCUCGUUUGCCGACACAGGAGGAUUCGAGCGCGUGACACAACGGGCUAGUCGAGACUAUGCGUUUAGGGACAACGAUCGGCUCUUGCUGCGGCUUCCGGCGUUUGCAGAACUGCUCUGGAAGCGCCUGCAGCCGCACGUCCCUACCGAGUUCGAAGGCAUGCACGCUGUCGCGUUGAACCCAGCCAUUCGUUUCUACCGCUACAGUAGUGGACAGCGCUUUGGCUGCCAUGUGGACCAAAGUGACGUGGAUCGACGUACGGGCUACCACAGUCGCUUCACUGUGCUCGUGUACCUGAACGACUCGACAGACUCGGACUUGCAGGGCGGUAGCACCAUCUUUUAUGCGAACGAAGCUGGUGCAAAAGAAGAGCAGGUGGUGCUGGACGUAGUUCCCGAGACAGGUUCGGCGCUCGUACAUGGUCAUGGGGAUCGCUGUUUGCUGCAUGAAGGAGCCUUGGUCACUCGAGGCGUGAAGUACUUGCUGCGCACCGACGUCAUGUACUCCCAGACAAAGAACUAG